AUGCCCGGCCCGCAACCGCCGCAGACGGUCCUCAUCGUCGGCGCAGGCGAGUUUGGCGCGACGGCCGCUCUCGCCCUCGCCGAAGGACCUUACAAGGGCCGCGCCGACCUCAUCACCCUCGUCGACCGAGGCGUCGAGCCGCCUGCCGUCGACGCCGCCUCGUCCGACUACAACAAAAUCGUGCGCGCCGACUACGCCGAUGGCCUGUACCAGCGCUUCGCCGUCGACGCCAUGCACGAGUGGCGCUCGCCCCGGUGGCGCGACCACUUCCACGAGUGCGGCGUCGUCGUCGCGAGCGCCGCGUCGCACCCGCAGGCCAAGUACGUCCGCACCUCGCACGCCCUCAACGCCGAGUCGUCGUGCGCCGACGUCGGCCCGUUCGCCGCCGAGGACGACAUCAAGCAGUUCUACCCGGCCGAGCUCCGCACCGGUGGGUUUGCGGGCGACGUCGCGUACAAGAACUGCGUCGGCGGGUGGGCGGCGUCGCGCGAUGCUGUCGUCGAGGCGAUCCGGCUCGCGCGGGAGCUUGGCGUCGAGGUCCUCACGGCCGAGGCCGACUCGCUCCUGUACCACGCUCCUGCCUCGUCAUCGUCGUCGUCGUCGUCUUUUUCGACCAACGUCGGUGCACGAGGCGCCGCACGCGGCAUCAAGACCCGCGACGGCCGCACGCUCGAGGCCGACUUUGUCAUUCUCGCGUGCGGCAGUUGGACGCCCCGCCUGCUUCCCGAGCUCAAGACCAACUGCCUCCCGACGGGGCAGACGGUCGCCACCGUCAAGCUCACCGAGGCCGAGAUGCGCGAGUACGAGGGCAUGCCGGUCACGCUCUGCAUGGACACGGGCUUCUACGUCUUCCCGCCCAACAAGGACCGUGUCCUCAAGUUCGCCAUCCACGACCGCGGCUGGCUCGCGCCCACGGCGUCCUUCCCCUCUCUCCCGCGCACCGCCCUCUCACCCGGCUACGCGUCGCAGCCGAUCCCGUCCGUCGCGCUCGCGGCGCUCAAGCGCGGCCUCGCGAGGGUGCACCCGCAGCUCGUGUACAAGCCCAUCAACGAGGUUCGCCUGUGCUGGUACAGCGACCGCGAGUCGGGCGACUUCUUGCUCGACUACCACCCCGAGUGCACGAACCUCUUUGUCGCCGCAGGAGGGUCGGGUCACGCGUUCAAGUUCCUCCCGCUCUUCGGCUCGUGGAUCCUCGGCUCGCUGCAGCGCAAUCUCCCCGCCGAGCUCCUCCGCCUGUGGUCCUUCCACGGCGACCCGUCGCGCCUCGACAAGUCGCGCGGCGAGGGCCCGAUCAUAAGGCGCGACCUUGACUCGGGCAGGGUCGUCGAGGUUGGCGGGCAGGAGGGGGUCGAGGGCUUGAGCGCGAGGGCGAAGCUGUGAGGCGGAUGGCGGGCAAGGGAGCGAGCGAGGGAGCGAGAGAGCGAGGGAGCGAGGCAGAGGCAGUAGAAGAUAGACGGGCAUGCAGGGCUGUAUUGACAAUCUGCGUCUCUCUCU